AUGCGGACAGUUCCUCGACAAUUCAGGAACACUUCUUUCUCGAGAGUGAAAAAACAAGGCUCUGAACAAAGUAGACGUCGUCAAGAAAAUGCUACUGGUUUAUAUGAGAGUUUGGAUGAACGUGAAGAGGAAGUUGCGUAUGGAAGUGAUCACGAUGACAUUGAUGAUGAUGACGACGAUGCUGACGGCAAAUAG